AUGAGCGAACCGGCCAAAGAAGAGACAACAAUGAGUUCAAGUCCAAUUUCACUAUCUGCAGCAACGGCUCACUGGAUUCUCGCCCGUGUCGUCGAAUGGAGUUACCUCGAUUCAAAACAGAAAUCUGCAACUUCAAGCUUGUCGGAUGAGCAUCAGAGUGCUUGGGAAAAAUUAAAGGUUGUUCUCGUUAAGCAAAUCGCUGAGUUCACGAUUGAGCUUCAGAAAUGGCAAAAUGAACUCAAUAUCCUUCACGGUAAGGGACUUGCCGUAACUCUCUAUGAUUUUGUAAAACAGAACAAUAGGAUAACCGACCAGGAUAUCAAGGAGUGGCUCCGUGGUUUUUGGGCCAGUAUAAAGAUGAUGUUACAAGCGCUACAGGGAGACUCAUCUUGA